CUGAAGGCAAGCUUAUGAUGAUACAGAGUGAUAGCAAUGGAUCAACUUUCCCAUACGACCAAACAAAGAGCUGGCGCUUUCAUUCAAUGCGCGCGGCCUGACAAAGGCCUGAGCGCGGUGAUUCAAUUUUAAUGUAUACAAUACUACUGAACCCUGACUGACAAAGCCGCCACGGGAUUGGCCUGCGCUUCACCCGCCUCGGCCUUGAGGCCUCGCGGUCGCCCGACCCGCAGUGUCGCCAGUUGCUCACUUCGUCUAUACAGCGGACGCAAAAUAUAACUUAGGGUAGUAUCUUACAUAGAAAAUACCGCUUCUGUUAGUAGGAUGACCGCACUGGAAGUCGACUUGCCGUGUGGCUUGACCACUCGGCCCUCCGCGUUCUCGACGCGGAAAGAGGCGCCCGGCUCGCUUGCACGACAACUAGAAGGCCGCGUGCGCACUUUCAUAUCGAACAUUAAGCAACGGCGCAAUCAGGAGCGGGCCGUCGGGCAGGUGCCGCCGGCGGGACAUGACGCAUCGAUGAUGGUCCAGCAGCUUGUGCCUAGCGCUGCAAAGGAUUAUGAUGCCGGCAUAAGAAGCCCGAUAGCAUCUCUGCCAGCUGCUGUCGCGGCCGCCAAUCACGGCGCUCGCAGCAGAAGCUUCAGUGCGAUGCAGUACAGCACAGCCGACAGCAGCCCGGUUGUGGCCCGGCAGCGCGUCCAACCCGCGGCUGAGCCCCUGGACUAUACCGAAGACGCUACCGGCCACUUGGACAAGCGCUACCAGGCUGCGGCGACAGCGGCGCACGCGGACCUGAGUCACCAGUCCUACCUGUGCCCGCAGCAGGAACAGGCUCCGCCGCGGCACCUAGCGUCGGCGGAAGCAACCUGGGGCCGGCAGGCCGGGAUCCGCGGCGGCGACGGUGGCGGCGGCGGUGCAGGCGAUGGGUCCCCUGCAUAUGCGAUGGAAAUGGGCUUGCCCUCCCCUAUGGCGCCACACGACGCGGCGCACGCGGCAUACGCCCUCAUCCGCUGCCUCGAGUUUGCUGGCCCCACAAGCCCCAGCGGCGGGGCCCCGGCAGCCCCCUUCGCCUCCAGCUCGCACGCUAUGGCGGCACCGCUGGCGCGGCAGCAGCCGCAGCAGCAACCGCCUUGGACCCGAGAGCUGCAGGUGUCUCUGGCAAGCGGUCGGGGAGCCGAUACCACCGCCUCGAGUCCCUACCCUGUGUCCUGCGCCAGCAGUAGCUUCGCCAGUACUGCCACUGCCGCUACUGACGGCAACAGGCAGCGGCUCCAACAGCAGCAGCCGCGACAGGACGCCGCAGCAGAUGCAGCUCGGUGGCUUCUGGGCAGCAGCAAUGGUGGCCGCGGCGGCGGCAGCCACAGUGGAGGUGGCGGUGGCUGGCGCGGAGGCGUGCUGCACGCUUCGGGCAGCAGCGCUGUCGCCGCCGCCGGCUUCAAUGACGACGGUCUGCAGCAGACGCCUUCCCCAGCCACCAGCUCGCCGCUUCUCUUCAGCAGCUAUGACCGCAAACCGUCGCUGCAGCAGCAGAUACUGCAAGCCCAUCAGCAGCAAGUCGAGGGUGCCAAUGAGCUGCGGGGCGCUGGCACCGCGGGUGGUAAGCAGCUGCAGCAGGGCCGCAUGUCGCUAGCAAGCGUCCUUGCCGCCGCCUCGGGCCCCCGCCCAAAUGCUAGCAUACACCAACAGCCGCAGCUCUCCCCUUCGGCGCCGCCGCCAGCAGUAGCGCUGGUUGGGAGUCCUGUCAGCGAAAGUGCAAGCAGUGGUCACGCCACGCCGAGCCCUGCCGCGGCGCUGCCCUUUCCCACACGACAGCAGUCCAGCAAGCCAUCCGCAUUCACAGCUGCCACAGCCCUUCCCGCCAAGCUCAAGCGCUUCAUGCGCUCAGCACGAGCCACGCUGUCGCCUGCCUCCCACGCGUCCGUCACCACCACUAUCUCAGGCACGGCGCCAUCGCGGCUAGGGCCGGCGUCGGCUGCGGCGCGCGGCCGGCAGGCGGCUUAUACGCCACCGGAGGCGGCCCCACAGCAGCCGCAGCAGCCGCAAGCGCUGCUGGCACAGCGGCCGGCGGAGCUGCAGACGCCGCCGGAUCUGCCAAUGACGGCGACCUCGCAGGCAACUACUACUGCUGGUGGCCGAGCUCCCGCCCCGACGCCGCUCGUCGCAUCGCUUCGGGCGCAGGCAGCAGCGGCGGCCACCGCUAGGGCCUCAGACCUGAUGCCACAGGCGGCGUCAGCUGUCGCGGCGGCGGCGUGGGAGACGGAAGGUGCCAUGGGUGCUGUGGCCGCAUUGGCAGCCGCGCAAGCGGCGCCCGCGGUGCCGGCAUCGGCCGUGCCUGCUGCUGCCACGACUGCUACGGCUGCCGGCAGUGGCCCAAGCAGGCCCGCGCUAAUGCUGUGCGUGGGCGCGGCGCUGCCGCAAGGAAUGGCCCGUGAACGCUGGAGCUUGGACGAAUACAGUAUUGAACGGCGUCUAAGCAAGGGCGCCAGCUCUGCUGUGUACAAGGCCACCUGCAAGCACUCCGGGCUGGACGUGGCGCUCAAGGUCUACUUCCUGGAGCUGCUGCCUGAUGCCGUAAAGCACAUGGUGGUUCGCGAGCUGGAGAUCCACAGCAGUGCGGUUCACCCCAACAUCGUCCAGCUCUAUGCUGCGUUCGAGACCGAGAAGCACGUGGUUCUGGUCAUGGAGUACGCAAGUCGUGGUGACUUGUACGGCAUCCAGCGCGCCACCGCCGACCACCCCUUUGGCCGCCGCCAGGACGAGGGCCGGGUGGUCAGUGUGGUGCUGCGGCCGCUGCUGGCGGCGCUGGCGUUCCUGCACUCGCGCGGCAUCUGCCACCGUGACAUCAAACCCGAGAACGUGCUGUUCACCUCCAACUGGCAGCUGAAACUGGCGGACUUUGGCGUGUCCAUCGACCUGGCUCGCGAGCGCGCCGUGACACGCGCCGGCACGGCCUGCUACAUGGCCCCGGAGGUUGUCCGCUGCCCUCUGAAGCACCGGCCUGAGGACAACAAGAACGACCCGCGCCUGGCCUACGGCACCGCCUGCGACAUCUGGGCGGUGGGCGUGCUGGCCUACGAGCUGCUGGUGGGCUUCACGCCGCUGUCGGUCGCGCGCACCCCCACAGACAGCUGCUUCAAUGACGGGCUGUGCUCGGUGAACCUGUCCCAGACGGGUACGACUGGCGAGGGCGGCGAGGGGUCCGCUUAUGGCGGGUCGGCGAACGCGGGCGGUGGCGGUGGCGGAGGUGGCGACCGCGUGGCCCUGAUGUUUCCUGGCAGCGCCAGCACCGCGUGCCGCAGCUUUGUGAGCUGGUGCCUGGCGCCGCGGCCCGAGGAGCGCCCCACAGCGCUGCAGCUGUGGCACCACGCCUGGGUGCUACCGCCCUCCAUGGCCGCCUACGCAGCCGUGGAUGCAGAGCUGUAGGACCAGCUGCGGUUACGGCGGUCGCGGCGGUUGCGACGGUUACGGCGAUAGCCGGCAGCAGCUGCAACACCGCUGUGUUAGAGCUGGCAUUUACCUCAACACUGCUUGGGUGCUGGGUGAGUGAGUAUUGCAGGUGGUCCCUUACCGGGUUCACGGUUCACUCCCCUAACCAUCACACCUGGCGGUGAAGCCAGCCUCAUGUCGUUGUGAAACGUGUUAGCUGGUUUGGUGCUUAGUGGGUGCAGCUGGCGGUUUCGUGUGGGGCAAUAAUUUGUUGAGCCAGCCCGUGCAAGCACGUUGAGACACAUGUGCUUCGCGGUAACUUGCAUCAAGAGCUGGCUAUGCAGCGGGGUGAUUGCCGUAUGUACGCUCUCGCAACUCGGGUGCCAAAUGAGCAAUGGCCGAUCGAUGUGCGGAAUUGAGCGGUUGGAAAAUUACUACACAAAACUACGUAACGACGCAGGCUUGUAGCGUGUCAGCCAUUCCUGUGCGUCACUCGAAAGGAAAGGUACUGCACAGACAUUCUUUAACCUUGGUGCCUGGGUGUCGGUGCCUGGGCGUGUGCCGUGUGUGUAUAUGUGCACGUUACAUUGCGCGGGGCGGUGUGUGCAGGCGUGGGGAAGGGGAAGCAGCACACUAGUACGUUGCUUAACAGGGUGCACGUGCGCAAGCUACAGGGCCGUCGCCGCUAGCUUCCGCAAUGAUACUGAAGUGUUAUUUUACAAAAGGAUUGCAGCUGGGCGGAAAUAGGGCUGCUGCACAGCCCUGGCGCACGUGGGGGUUCAAAAUGCUUAUUUACGUCCUCGGGCUCUCUCCAUGCGCAUUUGUCGCAGUGUGGUAGGAACGGGGCCUGCACGGCUGCUUACAGGCGUAGGCUCCAUAGUCUGAGACGCUGUCUUCAUGUCUGACACGUCCAUGAUUGUACUUGAAUAAGCAAUGGUGAGGCCGCCGCGAUGUCAGACGCGCAGCUGGUCGUUUUUAACACUGCCCGCUGUGGCUCACAGCCGCGGCUGUGGUGUACGGCUGGGUCAAGCGCUGGACACAAGUGUGUACUGGAGGAAUCGGAGGUGGAAAGGAGUGGGGCAGCCGCAGGUGGGGCGUCUCCCUUGAUGGCUUGAUACUAGCUAGUAUGGGAUUUAUUUCUGCAUUGCUUGCUGCUGUACCGUGUGUGUGGUGUUGCCGGGUUGGCAGCAUGGGCCCCAACAUAAACAAGCCCGCAGCCGCAGGCCAGGGGGGCUUGAUGGGUUGCUCGUGGCCGCGCGUAGACUUCCGUAGUAACCGGGGGGCGGGGAGAGGGGCCGGACUGCAGUAUGUACGAGGUAAUGGUGGUGGCCUUGUCGGCUGUUGGUGGGCGCUUGAGCCUGUUUGAGGCCGCGAGCCUGCUGGGUCAGAUGCUGGAUGUAGGCGGGCGAAGGGGGGGGUAAAGUCACUGGUGUAGUGGUAUUGCAUGCAUGGCAAGGACUUUGGCUUCGUUCGAUGUGUUUCUCUGCACCCCGAUGAAGGCAGUAAUUGCGGAUGCCGCAGAGGAGGAGGCACUCGCCACCUGCAGGUGUGCAGGCCAGCUGGUGACACCAGCGGUGCUGACCAGCGGGGAUGGCGGGGUGUGGUGCCGCCGUGCCUGGGCCACAUGGGGCGGCCCAGUUGUAUGAGUAUGAGGACUGGGGCAUGGUACUACCCCGCGGUACUACACGAGGCAGCUAGCAAGGGAUGUAGUUGCGCCAACAACCUGGUCGGCUGGACCUGAGGCUGGACAUUGAAAGUGGCGUGGAUGGGCUGUCAGUCGGAAGUCUGGGUAGGACUGGCUGGGGGUCUGGAGCGGACGCCAGGUUAGGCGCGCGCUCAGGGUGGUGCGUGCUGCAAUGGCGGAUCCUGGAGACACGAAAAUGCGGUUGUCUCUGCGUCCUCCAGGAUCCUUGGCACUUGAACGAUGAAUCCGGCAGG